AUGUAUAAGCGAGCAGAUGACUUUUACGCUUCCGGUGGCAGUUUUGCAUCCGGUAUAAAGGUGGAGGAGCUCAAGUCCAAAAGUGUUUUCGCCGCGAAGAUUCCUCAUUUUAGGCAGUCCGAUUCAAUCGCAACCACUAGAAGGAAUUGGGAACUACUAGUGAGCGAGUUCCGCAGGCUUAUGAAGCUAAGACAUGCCGUUGAGAUUCUUCCAGAGAGGACACUUAACGAACCCCUAUACUUGAUCAUGGAGUGGAUACCGCGUGAUCUUCGUUCCUUUUCCUUCAAAGACAACGAGAAGCAAGCUGUACUGGAACAAGUCAGCAACGGGCUGUCCUUCAUGCACGAUAAUGCAUUCGCGCACCGCGAUCUCAAACCAGAGAAUAUUCUCAUAGAUGAAUACGAAGGAGGUUUAGUCGCAAAGAUAGCCGAUGUCGGCAUGUCUAAACUUGACAAAGUCGGAAAUUUGCAAACCUACGCAGGUUCAAUUGUCUACAUGGCGCCGGAGCUUUGGGCGGAAGAGCACCGGGCUUGCACACAGGGUGAUGGCACUUGA